GCACAAGCCCGUGACAACUCUCUUAACCACAUUCUACUUACACUUGGCUGCAACAUGUCUGCAGCGCAGCAGCUCGAAAAGAAAGGGCAUAUCUGUCCACCCUCAAAUGCUAAGCAUCCAUCCGAUAGAUGGGAGUCACUAUUCGUGUACUCCUUUAUAUGCAGGUUCACAAAUCUGCGUGGCAAGGUCGAGGGGCUGGAAACUCCAAUGGACUUCGAGAAUGCGCUGCUUCCCCGCGAACCCGAUCCGAUGCUCUCUAGGAUACUACAGCAGUUCAUCCUCAAUUUGCGACCACAGACGCGUAACUUGAGUGUAGACCAAAUAUCCUCUACAGUCUCCAACGUUCUUUCAGAAGCCUUCAAGAGCUCAGAAAGAACGGUGUUCUGGGACGACCAGCUGGGGGCAAACGUGGACCCUUUCGCCAAACUGGAAGGUGGUAUUUUUACCGCCGAUUGGGAUCUCAAACUCAAAAUUUUACGCCAACUGGUGGAACUGCAACUACAGCACUCUCAGGAGAUCAAGGGCGUUAUCGAUCGCUCGUGGGGCGUGACGCAAAAUAAGUACAAAAAAAAGGACGCCACAAAUGCCCCGCCCGAACCAGCGGACGCAAAGAGUCGGGAGAACCUGCAACUCGUUCCUAUCGGACAGGACUGUGCACGAAAGCGCUACUGGGUUGUGGAUGAUUCGCCACGGAUAUAUGUGUCAACCAACCCUUGGAAGGUCACGGCGACAUUCCAGACCGUGUCUUCAACGCGCGAGGAAUACCUCGCCGUGAUACAAAGUCUGAAGGCCUCCGCUCCGCAAGGCGCGAAGAAAAACAAGAUUGAACAGGCCCAUGUUGCUUUAAUACAGGCUCUAGAGAGUCGUGUCGAAGCCGUCGAAGCUGAACUAGCGCGUGUUCAAAGGGUCCGCCGAAAGAUCGAACAGAGACAUGUCCUUAUGGCCCAGGCAGAAAUUAGAGAAACUCGGACACGCCGUCAGACACGCCGUCCGGACUACGUAUACAACGACAUGGAGAGCGGCGAGGAUGACGCUGAUGAAUACGCAUUCGAGGAGGAGGAUGACGACGAAUUUGAACGCACCGAUGGUUCCCAUUCUCGUGAGAAACGGUCUACUCGCCGCGCAACGGGCCUGCAGGCACGACGGAGAUCUACGAGGGUUACAAGAGGCAAGCGCCCUUCGCCAGAAUUUUUGGCACACGAAUGGCGGGGUGAAAGACGGUCGACUCGCCUUGGAACGUCGGAAGAUACGCAACUUGACCGUCCGCCUAAACGAGCCCGGACAGAGGAGAGUGGGUCGAGUCCUGGGUCUGCUGCUGCAGGGAAUAUUCUCGCGCCGUCCACAACCAAUGGCAGUUCGAAGCCUAAGACGGACGGUGCUGCGGCAGUAAAACCGACCGAGAUUGCGGUUGAGCAGGUUGGCGGAAAGAAAAAGAGCAAGUAUUGGUUUUACGCGGUGGAGCCUAUCCAUCCGUCAGCGACGAAUGGGAGAACGACCGUGACCGGCAGCACAGCUUUGACCGCUACAAAUGGCCACCAUCACAACGGAGAUACGGGACCUCCCGCAACUAACGACGGUCAAUUUGCCACAGUCAACAGACACGGGGAAGACAUGGAUUUAGAUGGGUCCAUUGAUGAUAGUCCACCGCCUUUACCAGAGCAGCCAAGGCCACACUGAUUUUUUGAUACGGUUUGUCCCCAGGAGCCACUUCCCUUCCAAGCAUUUCCCUACAGGUUGUAUUUCAUCUUUCAUCCAUACCACCUACCAGCAUUGGUUUAAGCAUACUAUAGUCAGUCACUUUAUUCUCUUACACGACGUUAUCAUACAUCUCAGCGUUCUAACGAUGUCAAUGUUAUUCCAUGCUCUCGUAGUAAUUUAUGCACUUUUCCGACCUGUACCCGGUCUUGUUUAGCGUUGCGGGACCAAUAUAUGACUCCGAUAGUUGAAAGAAAACUGACUUGGAUGGGAUUCCGAAAUUUGGGGGUCGUCGGUGCUUCUUGGCGAGUUG